AUGGGUCGUGGUGAAGCCUAUCACUGUUUGGAAAGAUAUGAUGAGGCACUUGUGGAUUUAAAUAAAGCAUUGGAAAUCGAACCAGAUGAUCCAACUGCAUUAUAUUAUCGAGGAAGAAUUAAUCUCAUGAGGAAAAAAUUUGAAGGACUCGUAGAUGUAACUAGAGCAAUGAAUAUUGAACCAAAAUUGAAAGAAAUGUUCAAUGCGCAACGUUAA